GCCGUGAGUCACAACCGUGACGCAGGCAGAGAGAAGGACAAGGCGCAGCAUCCUCUCCAUCCUCCAUAGCACAACAACGACUGACAAAAGAGGGGAAACGAAAUCACGAUUUCGAGGCUUGUUAUCAGGCCACAGUCACAUAACCAGAAUGACUAAAGAGGAAACUUCUGAGGUGGAAGAGGCCCAGCCGGCCUCUGAGUUCAUCAGUCCUAGUCAUGAACCCCGCAAGAAACCCAUAGUGCAUCCGUCUGCACAGGCUCCACUGCCCAAGGACUAUGCGUUUACCUUCUUUGAUCCAAAUGAUCCGGCCUGCAUGGAGAUUCUGACAGACCCUCGGACCACAAUCCCAGAACUGUUCGCCAUUAUCCGCCAAUGGGUUCCACAAGUUCAACACAAAAUCGACAUCAUUGGCAAUGAGAUUUUAAAGCGAGGUUGCCAUGUCAAUGACCGUGACGGCCUGACGGAUAUGACUCUUCUCCACUACUGCUGCAAAGCAGGAGCUCACGGAGUGGGUGAUCCUGAGGCAGCGCUCCGGCUGUCCAAUCAGCUGAUUGCUCUGGGAGCUGAUGUGAGUCUGCGCAGCCGUUGGACCAACAUGAACGCCCUCCAUUAUGCAGCUUAUUUUGAUGUGCCAGAACUGAUUCGCAUUUUGCUCAAAGCCUCCAAGCCUAAAGUGAUAAACUCCACCUGCAGUGACUUUUAUCAUGGCACAGCCCUGCAUAUCGCCGCCUCCAACCUUUGUCUCGGUGCUGUCAAGUGUCUGCUGGAGCAUGGAGCCAAUCCUACUGUCAGAAAUGAUAAGGGUCAAGACCCUGCCGAGGUUGUCCCUGACCCGAUGGAUAUGAGUCUGGAUAAAGCCGAGGCCGCCAUGGUGGCUAAAGAGCUGAAACAGUUGCUGCUGGACGCAGUGCCGCUCAGCUGUAACCUGCCCCGUGCCACCCUGCCCAACUAUGACAACAUCCCUGGCAACCUCAUGUUGUCCUCCCUGGGCCUCAAACUAGGGGACCGUGUGGUGCUGGACGACACAAAGACUGGCACUCUCCGUUUCUGUGGCACCACUGAGUUUGCUAGUGGGCAAUGGGUUGGUAUUGAGCUGGACGAGCCGGAGGGCAAGAAUGACGGAAGUGUGGGUGGGAUCCGCUAUUUUAUCUGCCCCCCAAAACAAGGCAUCUUCGCCCCUGUGUCAAAAAUCAGCAAAGCUCUUGAGCAGACUCCCUCUUCAGUCACCUCCACCCCAAAAACCCCUCGCAUGGAUUUGUCUCGCGUAACCGGCAAGAUCAAGAAAGAGAAAAAAGAGAAAGAUCGUGAAAAGACUCCAAGAAAGAAAUCUUUGUCCGGGGUCAGUUUGGAUCCUGAUGGAGUUAAGGUUGAGGUUGGGGAUCAGGUGUUGGUGGCAGGCCAAAAGCAAGGGAUUGUUCGCUUUUUUGGCAAGACAGACUUUGCUCCCGGAUAUUGGUUUGGCGUGGAGUUGGAGCAGCCCACUGGAAAGCAUGAUGGCAGUGUAUUUGGAGUGCGUUACUUUCACUGUUUGCCCAAAUAUGGGGUUUUUGCACCACCAUCCCGUGUUCAGAGAAUUGCAGGGCCCAAAGAUCCUCAGGGUGAUGGGACACUAGUGAAGAAAGUGCACCAGGUGACUAUGUCCCAGCCGAAGCGUAAUUUUAAUGCGAUGCGUUCACCGAAAGACAUAACAUCUGAAAGUUCCAUAUCCAGCAGGUUGCUGUUCUGUUGCUGGUUUCCCUGGAUGCUCCGUGCAGAGAUGCAGUCCUAAAUCCACUGGUUACAUCUUUAAUUCCGUCUCCCCCUCUUUUUUGUUCCUUGCAUACUCUGUGUACUUCCAUUAUUCAUAUGUGCUUCUCUCUGUGAACUACCCAGACUGCUGUCCUGCCCCUUUGACGGCAACUCAAUAGCAAAAAAAUAGUGCCUUGUCAAGUAACUAAACGUCCUGCAUUCCGAUGAUCGAAUUAUAGUUGAACAAUCUUUUAUGAGACAAAAUAAGGGAAAGUCAUUCCUACUAAAAGCCAUUCAUAUCUCUAUAUCUAUCCACUCUGGGGUUUUUUUUUCACUAAACCACUGUGGGUAGAUUAUUGGCAGUAUUCAAGUUUGAUAAUACAGUCAUAAUCCACAAAAUUAGGCUUGUACGUCUGUUUUAAUUUGUAAAGGUGCUUUUUUGUUUGUAAACAUGCUGCUGUAUUAUGCACCUUUGCUGUCUUACUUUACAGUAUUUUGUAGUAUACAGACUUUGUUUUAUAAGUUUCAUAUGCCUUUAAAUAAACUAGUAGGUGACAUUAUUAUUAAUGAAUAUCUGAAAACAUAAAAUAUGUUUCAUUGUAACUGUAACUGUAAGAGGGGUUUUGCCAUUGGAGCCCAAUGCUUUCUUCAUCUACAGUGAAGCGUACAGCUUAAAAUAUAGAAAAUGUUGCAUGAAACAAGCAGGCAUGAGCACGUUUUUAGGUCAUAAACUGCUCUGAAAUGAGGUGAGAGUCCUGCUAUGGAUAUUAUAAGCUAAUAAAUUACAUCUCAUUUAAUUAAACUCAACCACUAAACCAAAGCGCAACCGCCACGAUAUAGCAAAAACUAAAUUAUCUUCAAAAUAAUGUACUUUUAAAAAGGCAUGUUUUCAUAAAAAAACGAGGUGGCAAUUAAAGGAUUCGUCUAUUUUAGAAACCCAAAUAACCAUACGAAUCACAAUCAUGUUUCUCUCACCAAAAAAAACUACAUAUACUUCAUCUAAAAUAGUUUAAAGUGAAGUACAGUUUAUAUUUUAACAUAAAUCCUCAUCUAUUGUCUGUAUAGAAGCUGUUAGGCCAGACUACCUAUUCCUUCUCUCUGAGUUUUAACUUGGAUCAGUUUUGUAAAUGCUGUUCUUUAAAAAUCCUGAUUGUGAAAACAGUAUGUGCUUAUGAUAUCGUAGUCAAGUGUGUGGGUGAUGAUAACAGCAAUAUUUACUCUUGUGUCAACUUGCUAUAUGAAUAUGGAUAGAAACUCUGUCUACUUUAUUAACACCUAUGGAAGCACAGCAUGAGUAAAAGUGUCUGUCCCUACUAGAUGACCACCUGGGAUCAACCGACGAUAGGUAAAAUCACUACAGCGAUCCCAGAGCGGGCAGAUUUUGUUAAGGAGAGAAUAAAAAACAACAGCUUGGCUUGUGCACUCUCCUCUCUUGUGAACACUUGGUCAACUGCACUGAUUUACAAAAAAGAGCAACUUGCAAAAUACUGCUUGAGCAGGUCUGAACAGCUUUUGAUUUCUUCAGCCGCCAUGCCAUUGUUUCGUUAAAGAAUCUGUGUGGUAGGUUUAGCAUUGAUACCGUAGUGAGUAGAAUAGUGCAUCUUCUGAUGGAGUGCAAAGGUCAGCUCACAACAAACCCUGAAAUUGUGCAUUAUCAUUUUGUGACUUCUAGAGUACAGUAUAUUGCUUUAUGGUGACUUCAAAUUGUAGAAAGUAUCAAUAUGUUGCUGUUAUUAUCUUAAUUUCAGGACACAUUCCGUUUUUUGAUGCCAAAAGGAGAGUUAAAAGUAUGACUGUAAAUUGACUAUUUCAUAUGUAAGUAUCUCGCACUGACUGGCUCACCCUUCACGCUUUCAGAGAGUUUCAAUGUCACAUCUAGCAUCGUCAGCAAAGCUUUCUGUCAUUUUCUAUCCAGUUGUGUAAUUGGUAUAGUUCAUUUGUAAACAUUUUUUCGUCUGAGAAAAUAUCUAUUUUAAUAAUUUCACAAGGUACUUUUUUAACGUCCUGUGCUUUGUGUUUUCAUGUUAACUAUACUCUGUAAAUCAAAUUAAUGUGGAACUUAUCAUGAAUUCGGUUUUGGAUUUGAUGGACAACAUAACUGUACUGCAUGCUGUGUAUACAUUUGCAGGUUUCUUUUUCCUACAGUAUAUCAGCAUGAAAAAGCUUAUUAAUUACUAAGUGAAACUCUAUCCUGACUAUGGAUAUAUGACUAAUAAACAUUAGUGUUUUAUACUUA